AUGAGUGUCAGAAUCGGUGCCAGUGACAUGUAUCCUUCGUUGAAGAUUGUAUGGUCGUCGCAGCCUCAAGAAGCAGAAACUGCGUACCGCAAUGCCGGACUUGUCAAAACAAAAGGAACGCUUUUCCUCCUUCCCCCUUCGGACGUCGUCCUUCGCGAAACCUUCGACGCGCCUCCCCGGCCAAAGACUCGUAUGUCAUCAGGUGCCGUGGCUCUCUGCAAACACUUUGAACGUGGCGGAGCGUCAUCUGAGCAUGGCCGCUCCCACCCUUUCUGGGCCGUGCCUGUUGGCAGCAACGAGCACAAGACAGAGAUGGCACGGCGGAUCCUGGAUGAAAUGCUGUCGCAGGCAGUGUGGAAGAAUGUCAUGCUGCUGCACCAUGGUGUAGCUGUGUAUGAAGUCCGGAACAGCCGGGGCUAUGGAAUGAGAUGGACUCUAGAUAUUGAAGAAAAGCUUGACGCAGGCCAGGACGACGGGAGGGUUGACUCCAGUCUCGUCAAGAAUGAUCAUGAGAAGGACUGGGUCAUCACCAGGACUACCUUUCGAGGCUUUCUGGAACCCGUAGUGGGAUUGGAUCAUGAACUUCCUGGACACGAAGGAUAA